AUGUAUAAGAAUCAGCUGCAAGAGCUUGCACAAAGAAGCUGUUUCAACCUCCCAUCAUAUACUUUUACUAGAGAAGGACCAGAUCAUGCUCCACGAUUCAAAGCUUCUGUCAACUUCAACGGUGAAAUAUUUGAAAGCCCCACUUGUUGUUCCACUCUCAGACAAGCUGAACACUCAGCUGCUGAAGUUGCUCUCAUUGCUCUCUCUUCAAAGGGCCCUUCAAAGUCUUUAACUGCUAGAGUCCUUGAUGAGACUGGGAUCUACAAGAACCUGCUUCAAGAGACAGUACAUAGAGCUGGUCUUGAUCUACCGGUUUACACAAGUGUGAGAUCAGGACCUGGUCACAUCCCAACGUUCUUUUGCAUUGUGGAGCUUGCUGGAAUGUGUUUUAUUGGAGAGUCAGCAAAGACUAAGAAGCAAGCUGAGAAGAAUGCUGCUAUUGCAGCUUGGUACUCCUUGAGAAGAAUGCCAAGCUUGGACUCUCAGGUAGAGAAAAGAGGUGAAGAGAAAGAGCAAGAAGUAGUUUCAAGAGUCCUCUCAAGAUUUAAACCCAAAGAAGUGAGAAGAAGGGAGACUAAUCAGUCAAGAAGCAGAACAAUUCGUCAAGACAAAACAACAACACGAGACUUGUUGUCUGAGAAGCUCAGAUUGAUCAAUCCAUACAUCAAUGAACCUUCAUCUUCAUCAUCAUCACUGAAACACCACCAAACACAACAAUCAAGAACAAAUCUCCAACAACAACAACAACAAUCCAGGGUCAAGUCAUUGCUAGAAAAGUCUCGAGAACAUGCAGUGAUAAAACAGAGCAUCAAUGAUUCAAAGACAGAGAUGAUAAUAAAGUCGUCAUCAAUGGAGAGAAACUGUUACAGUAAGCUUUUGCCGUUUCCAGAAAUGUUUGCAGGAGGGUUUCAGAAACUGGCUCCAGCUGUUCAUAUUAGAUCAGUGAUCCCAGUUUGUUCAUCUCCUCCACCGAAACUUAAUCAAAGCAACACAUCACUUAGACCUUCUUCUUCUGUUCCAAGCUCACUGGGAAGUGGAGACCAAGAGAAGAAGUCUCUGAGAUUAGAAUCAAAAUCUUGAUCGAACCCAUGAUUAAAGUUCGUAUCUUUAGAUAAACCCAUGCUGAUGAUCUUUAUGUUCGUUGUGUUGAUCUUUUUUUUUUCUUUUUUGAAAAUUUAAGGUCUG